AUGCGUCAGGCUGCUCCUACCUCAUCUUUGAGUGCCAGGUGCCCUCUUGCUCUCUACGGGCAGGUACAGGGACAGAGUCGAGGCAGGUGCCUUACACGUACACUACACACAACUCAUCGACACGCCAUGCCGGCGCCCCGUUUUCCAUUUUCGGUUCCAUGUGCUGGGCACGAGACGCUGAUGAGAAGACGCCACGCUCGCCAUCUGCCUUCUCCACCCGCACCACAUCCCGGCACGAACUGGUCAAGAACGCUCGGCGGCCCAUCCCCGCGACCCGCCCGCACCGUGGAUUUUCAUGGGUUCGCGGGUGGAUUCCAAUAG